AAUAUAUUUAAAUAGCAUAAAAUAUGGUUCAAUUAUAUUAAUAGAAAAAUUUCAAAUGUUGACCAUUAAUGAGAAUCACUUUAAGGAUCAUAUAAAGGUGUCUCCCGUUUCAUGAUUGUUGCGCAGUUAUCAAGUUCAAACUCAAUAAAAGGAUAUGUAUUUGUUGUUAUGUUAAAAGGAUUAGCAUGCAUAAGCAGCAUAACCUAAGAAAAAAUUAUAGCUUUUAUAUUUUGAAAUGAAGAAUUCCGUACAUAAGACACAUUUCGUAUUAAACGUUUAUUAAAAAAAUGGAAAUUCCUAAUGGUAAAAAGGCAAAUCAUACACUUUCUAAAAGUAUUUUAUUAAUAUAUUCAUCAUUUAUUGCAUUACUUGCAAUUGCUCUUUUCCUAUAUGGGUUUUUUCCUAUGAAAACUUAUGAUAACAGUAUCGCUACAUUUUCAAAUAUACCUGAUAAUAUAGAUACUAUAAGAAUAGAAAAAAAUGUACUAUAUAAACCAGUGAUUAAAAGGAUAGUUAUUAUGGUAAUAGAUGCUCUAAGAUGGGACUUUGUCACAGGACCAAUUGGUAAAAUUGCAAUGCCUAUUACAAACAGUUUAAUCAUCAAUAAUUCAGCCUGUUUAUUGCAAACUAAAGUUAAUGCUCCAACGGUUACGAUGCCUAGGAUUAAGGCUCUAACAACUGGAACAGUGUCGAAUUUCGUUGAUGUAGCAUUAAAUUUUGGUGGAAAACCUGUUACUGGUGACAGUGUAUUGCUUCAGGCCAAAAAAAAUUUGCACAAGCUAAUUUUUUAUGGAGAUGACACGUGGAUCAAACUCUUUCCAGAUUUAUUUGAUCGCUACGAUGGAACAUCAUCAUUUUUUGUUACAGACUACACCGAAGUUGACUAUAAUGUAACACGACAUAUACAAGCCGAAUUAGGUAAUAAUGAUUGGUCUAUAAUGAUUCUUCAUUAUUUGGGAUUGGAUCAUAUUGGUCAUACACAAGGACCAUCUAGUCCUCUAAUAAAAACAAAACUCAUGGAAAUGGAUGACAUUAUUGGUCGAAUUUCAACAGAGAUUGCUAACUGGAAUAGAAAAGAUAUAUCAUCAUUGUUUAUAGUAUGUGGAGACCAUGGCAUGAAAGAUUCCGGUGGGCAUGGUGGUGCCACACCGGAAGAAACUCUUGUGCCACUGAUUGCAAUUGGCGCAUCAUGCCCUUCGACAAAUGAUCAUAUUAAUAAAAUUGAUCAGGUUGACAUUGCAACAACCUUAGCAGUCAUGUUAGGCAUACCGAUACCGACUUCCAAUAUUGGUAGUGUCUCAUUGAAGAUGAUAGAUAAACUAUCAGAUCCCAGAAAACUCUAUUUACUCUAUUAUAAUUCGCUGCAAGUUCUGAAUCAUUUCAAAAAUGUUGGCGAUUAUACAUCUCGAAAACCAUAUAAGCAAUUGCAGAAUGCAAUCGCACUUCAUGUAGAGUGGCUUAACAGUCCUAGGAAAGCAAGUGAAUCCAUAGAAAAAAUUAUAUUACAGUAUUGCGGAACCCUUAAAGGAAUGAAAGACAUUCUCACAAAUAGUAUGAUCAAGUAUGAUAUGCAUCUUAUGACAGUAGGAAUAUUUUUUAUAUAUCAAAUUCUAUAUAUACUCAUAAACAGACAAGAGGAUCCUGUAGCUACGCCAACAAAACUACUGUUCUUUAUAUUUUUUAAUACAGUAUUAUGGCUAUCAACGAAUUAUGUAUUGGAUGCCAAGGAUAAUACAGUAUUAUAUUCCAAAGAGUUAAGCAGUGUUAUUUUAACACUAUUUAUCAUAGUAAUUCUUCUAAGUAAUUGCUAUUUUUGUACAAAACUGAAGUGGGAUGUACAAUCUAUUCAAAAGUUAGCACAGAAUGGAACAAGUCAGUGGAUCUUUUUACUGGCAGCUUUAAUUCAUGCACUAAGUUUGAGUAGUAGCAGCUUUGUGGAAGAGGAACAUCAGACUUGGUAUUUCUUCUGGGUUACUCUUUUUGCAGUUUUAUUAUUGAUCAGCAUAAAAAAUCUUAUCACCCAUUGGUCCAGCUGCACACACGAAGGCCAGUGUCAAUUUGUACAAGUCUUCGUAAAACUGUUUUUAGUUCUAUUAGUAUCUCGCAUAUUGCGAAAAUUAAAUAGCACUGGUGAUAAAUAUGCUCAUCUUCCUGAUAUCGCUGAUUGGCUCCAGCAACAAGAAACUAACACGAGUAUGACAGUUGUUCUGAUAAGUUCACUUAUACUUUUAAUCUGGCUGGGUUAUGUGUCUGAAGAAGAGCAACAUAAAAAAAAGUUAUUAAUUUUUAACACAGUUAUGGGUGUUUGCAUUUAUCUUCGACAAAUGACUACCGACGCUGUUUGGAAAAUACCAUUAUAUCCUUCUUCAAGAGGGAUUUACGAAGUGCAAAUAUUUUGGAUUGUAAUGGCAAGUUUCUUAGUAGAGGGUGUCUUAAGACUUUUUCAUACAGUUAAAUAUCGUAAAAGAAAUUUCUUAAGUCUUCUACUGUAUCUCGUCAUUCAAACAUUUGUGAUAAUUUCGGCCAUGUUACAUCGACCUCACAACGUCAUGUUAUUACCAAUACAAUUAGUAUUUAGUUCUCUUAUACACAAAGUAUUAAAAAUAUACAAAAUGCAUAAUGCUCUUACAUAUAUACACUGUUGGCUCGGAAAUGUGUUUUACUUUUAUCAGGGAAAUUCCAACAGCUUAGCAUCCAUUGACGUAGCUGCAGGAUACGUCGGUUUAGAAUCCUAUAGGCCAUUUAUAGCGGGUGGCUUUUUGAUAAUCAAUACCUACUCAGCACCUAUUCUUGCUUAUCUAACACUUCUCUACGGAGUGGCAAUAGAAAAACCUACAUCCGUUAACCCAAACGAGUUAUACAAGCCUCACGUUACUAAGGUGGUGCUUGUAUUUUUGGAAUCUCUAAAAAUGGAUUUUCUAAAAGAAAAAUCUAGAUCUAAUUUGCCCUACAUACAGAAACUCAUUAACAGUGGGAGGGCCUGUAUUCUUCCAUACGUUGCACCAGCGCCAGCUACUUCAAUUCAAAAGAUCAAAAACUUGGCCACUGGAAGAUCCAGUAAUUUUAUGGAAGAGAUGCUCAUGUUUGAUAAUGCUAAAAUAGAGAUAGAUAAUAUAUUUGAAUCGACGAGGAAGAAAAAUUUAAAGAUUUCUUUAAGUGGUAUAGACACUUGGCAGCAAUUAUUUCCAGAAAAUUUUAUUCGCAACAAGAUCAUCCGUCCAUUUAACAUUUUUGAUUUCCAUGAGGCAGAUUCAAACGUAACCAGCAAUAUGUAUGCGGAGAUGAACAAAAAUGAUUGGAAUUGGCUGAUUCUUCAUUAUAUCGGAUUAAAAAAUAUUGGACUUACGCAUUAUGCGUACAGUAAAAUUGUUCUGGAAAAAUUACAUGAAUUUGAUAAUAUCAUUAAAUAUAUUCACAAGAGUCUCUGUAGCCAGAAAGAGGAUUACAUGAUACUCAUCAUUGGAGAUAAAGGAACAGGCAAACUAAAUGACCCUACAAUAUAUUCUUCAAGUCCAGAUACAAUUGCACCUUAUAUAGUGAUUGGAAAACCGUGUUCCCGAAUUCCAUUCUCAAAAGCGAUGAAUAAUUUCGACAUGACUCCUACGCUUACUGCAUUGACUGGUAUCCUUACACCUACAACAAGUUAUGGCUCGAUAAAAUCAGAACUACUGAGAAACUUUACAGUCGCAGAAGAGCUGUACGUUUUGCAUUAUAAUGCAAAAAGGUUGAUAGACAAUUUUUUUAAGAUGAAUAUAAAAAAUAACAAGGAAGACUUGCUUGCCACGUUCAAAGAGGCUGUCAGCCACCAUGUAAUGUAUUUACAAAAUUCAAACUUUACAAAAAAGACGACGCUGUCUAAGAUGAUUAAAAGAAUGUACAAUACUGUUUCACAAAGUAUAUCACAAAGAAUUCAUAACCACUUUAACACUUCUGAUGUGGCAAUUCAAUAUUUGGCCUUUGUUCUAAUAUUCGAGGCAAUGUUGAUCCUGAUAAACAAAUCUGAGAAGAUACAAAAUUUGAAGUCAAAUACUAUUAUUACAAUUGGAAUGAAUAUCCUGAUUCUCCUUUAUGUAUUAGCUACAGGAAUAAACAGAAGAGGCACGUCUCUCAUUAAUGUUACAAAAAUCAAAGGAAUGAUCUUGGCCAUCAUUAUACUGAUAAUGAUAUGCAAUUCCUACAUCAUGGCUAGACAAAGAUGUUUCGUAAUACUAGCUCUCACGGCUGUACUGAACUUUUCCUUAAAAUCCAAGGAUGUAAUACAGACAGUGUCUUCUACAGUGCAACCCACAAAGCGUAAAUCAAUGACUAAUUGCAUAUUCAUAAUACUAAUAAUGGGAAUUAUUUUGCAUGGAUUCAGCCUUCUGGAAUUGAGUUAUAUUAAGAACGAAAAAUGGCUUUGGUUCUUUCUGUGGUGCACACUGUGUCUUUGGAUUAUUUAUAAUCGUGUGCAGAAAGCAUGCUGCGAACCAGCAACAAUAAUUACUAAAUCUGAUCAAACUCAGAGCAAUUACGGUGGAGAAAUAUCAAUUGUCAUUUCUAUACUAAUUAUGCACCGAGCCAUAAUGGCCUAUAGUGUAAUGGAACAGAGUAUAUCUCACUCUGACAAUCUACUCUGUGCUUCCCUAUGCUUAGUCUUUGGAUUGAUGUUAUUGGCAUUCACGUGUAGUAUCUAUCACGAGCCCUUUACUAGCAAUUUAGAAAAAGCUAUUAUAUAUGUGCAUCUUAUUGUCGUAUGUUUAACAAUCUACGCGUGUAAUAUUGCUAAAGGGAAUGUUGUGUUGUUCUUUUAUCCCAAAUCAUGUGGUACUGUGGAGAUGAUACUAUUCUGGGUCAGCUGGAUAUUUGGAUUGGUAUAUGGGCUAAUUAUAUACGGUAUACGAACUUUAUACUCUGGUGCAAUAGAUGCUAAAAAAUUAUUAGCACAUGGAAUCUCGUUCUGGGCACUUUUUUCUGCUUUGCUCACUCGACCUCAUAAAGUUAUGCUGAUACCCAUUCAGAUGCUCUAUAGCCAAGUACUUGGGGAUAUAUUCAAAAAGCAUGAUCAAAGUUAUAUUAUUUCGCACAUCUGGCUUGGACAUCUUUUCUUCUACUAUCAGGGAUAUACGUACAGACUGGAUAGUAUUGACAGAGCCGCAGGAAUUAUAGCAUCACAAUAUACCAGUCUAAUUCUAACUGGAAUUUUUUUAAUAGUCAAUACUUUCUCAGCCCCUAUCUUAUCAUAUUUUACUUGCAUCUAUGGGAUUUACGAUAAAAAUACCACUAGAAGUGUCACUCAGAAUACCUUAUUAGUGAACAAACUGUAUGCAUGCUGUCGACUGUUUUCAAUUUCUAUAUAUACCCUAAGCAUGCUAAUACACAGGCAUAAUGUUUGGCUCUGGACUAUAUUAAGUCCAAAACUACUCUACGAAGUAGUACACACCUUUCUAUUAUUUAGUGUAACAAUUAGUUCGCAAGUAUUUGCUUUUCUACAUGAUUCUACUAAAGCACCGGUAUCAGAGGUGAAUAAUUUAUAAAGACGUUUCGUGGGCUUUCUUGAAAUUAUAGUAAUAUAAAAAUGAUUUGCUAUAUGAAACGUCUGAUUAAAAAUUGAUACAAGAGUACUCGAAUAAAGAGAGACAAUUAUUUAAAUAAAAA